UUAUGUCGAUCUUCGGGGUGCAUUCGUAUCGGGUCUCUUCGUGACGUUUCUGAGUAGACCUGGUCUAGCAGAGCACCCUUCAGCGCUUUAACAUGGGUAUGUGCUUCACCGUAUGUAAUUAAACUCGUGCGGUCUUCUCCGAGCGUCAUCGACCAGGCCAGCAAGGUGGUCCACGCACCACAGGCUACUGUGGUCCAUCCACACAGAUUUGAAGCAGCCUUUUAUGCUCAAUUGACCACACCUUCGAGAACAAUGGUGAUACACUUCUAUGGUAAUUUCCUUCCUCCACAAGCCGCUUUCAUUUUGUCCACACGGAAAAGCCACAGUCAACUCGUGAUGGACUGAAACCAAUAUAAAACCUGGACACAUGGCUGAGAUGCACCAUCACACACGUUCCCUCCGCAGGCUCGAUCUGCUCAAUCAUUAUCACUUUCAUUGCAUCGCCUCAUCUACAUCGGUUGUCUGUGACACCAUGCCCUUCCCAUUCGCUCUGUCCCGUGGUCUCUUACUUCUCGCUAUUGGCAUCUGCAAUAUCACAUCGAUUGUGAUUGUAACGCUGGCAUUUGUUGCACAAACCGCAGGACCCUUCGAGGUCCUCGCCGCUACUUCAAGCAGUCUUGCUGUGUUUGUUUUCCCCAUUACGUUAUUGUUCUUGUAUUGCAGGAGACAUGGAGAGGCGACCAACACUAGAAAUCUCGUUACCUUUGGGGCUUUGUGGCUGGCAGAUUUCACAUCUUGUAUCGGCCUGACAGUCCGUGCACACCAGAAUAAGGCGACAGGCCUUUGCAGUGACCUCUCUCAAUCUUGCAAUUGUACAAUGGCUCAUGCCCUCCUCGCUCUUUCGUAUAUGUCCGUCAUCUUUGCCAUCAUUGGUUUCGUAAUCGCAUACAUCGAUAAACACCCCGGUAUCGCCACACUCUCGCCUCGCUAUCCAAUAACCAAAGCUCCAAGUUCACAAUUCGCUGCCUUACAGUAUCCCCUAGAUGUUGAGAUGGACAACAUGUACACUCCGUAUCCAGCUAGAAACCCGAAACACCCAAAGAGGGCGCACAUCGAGGAGAGGUGGACUGAUAUCCCUCUAUAGAGAACAUGCGUUGUUAAUAUAUUAUGUACAUGUAUGGAUGUAAG